AUGAAUCUUGGGAAUACAGCAAAUGGUCAAACUUCGUUCUGGCGAAGAAUGGCUGUGCUUGACUCUGUUAGCGGCGGUGGAGGGACAACGAAGGCAACUGUGGCCGAGCAGAUCUCGCAGGCGGUGCAGUCCACCUCCAACCUCCUCCACCUAAUGCAGCACUCUUCUCCUACCCAGGCUCAACUGGUUAAGCUUCCUAAGAACCUUUUGGCGAUGGUUCCCACCAUUAAGAAUACAGAGCAUGUUUUGGAGGAGUUACCUAGGGUGAUAUCAUCUCUAGAUGCACACAUGGAAAUUGGGUUACAAAAUGUUCCGCAUCUGAAGACUGUGGUUCAGGUACUUGCAAAUAUAGAAAGUAGCCAACUUGAUUUGCUAUCUCAAACCAAUCCUAUCCAGAAGGAACAGGAACAUGAACCGGGAAACCAAUCUCAACAGACCGGUUAA